UAACCCCCUCCAAAAAGCAACAACAACAACAACAAAACUAAACAAUAAAUAUAUAUUUUUAAAACGACAUUUUUUAAAUUAUAUUUUAAAAUAUACUAAACCUACUGCACAUCCCGGGUUUUCUUCCAAUAUGUUCAAUAAAUAUCCUUGAACCCUGACUAAUUACAUAUUUCAUCAUGAUAUAUAUCUUGUUGUUAUACAUAAAAUCUUUCUAAAGCACAAUUUUCAGAUUUCAAAUACUAAAGAACGCGGGUAAAAACGUACAAAUGAAGAAAAACGAUGCCAUGCCAAAUAGGUCCCAAGAGCGCCGACAUGUGGCGAAGAUAUCCUUAUCCUAACAACAGAAAUCUAGUAAAACUUACAGUAACUGCUGGCUUGAGUAAACGAUACUUAACAUAGUUAUUAUAACGUUAUUUACAAAAUAAUAUUCGUUCAUUAUCCAAAUGCUCCAAAAGCAGAUACUAUUUUCAACAUAUAUAUAUGUAUGCGUGUUGCAUUUGGCUCGUGAGACAGUUACAAAACACGCAGACAGACGAAAUCUAGAGAGGAACAGGAAGAGGUAAUGCUGACCACAUUAUUCCUGUGUCGCUGAUGAUGUGAUCGAUAAACUGUGUCUCAAACCCUAGUGCGCCGCCUGUCUAGACAGCAUGUUUAAACAUUAAAUAGGCACACAAUAUUUUUGGGAGUCGCAUACACGCUUAGGAGUAUUUUGUUUUUUGGCUGAUAUCCACGACACCUGCCCGAUUUUUUUGCAGCACGUUUCAGUAACGAAAAAACAUGCUGUCUACUACGUAGAAAGUUCACUAUGGUUUUGAGACACAUCCACACACAUGCUGAUUAGAACGAUGGUGAAGCUUUGAGUUCACUUUUCGCACGACAUUUCCCGUUUAUGAUGAAGGCUAUUUUGAUAGCUGUGACGGUUCUUGUUCACUAUGUACUCGGGCAGGAACCACUAUGCCAGUCUCACUCUUCAUGUUCUGAAUGUAUAAGGAGUCCUGGAUGUGCGUGGUGCACACAGACUGACUUUCUAAAGCCAGGUGAGUCAAAUGAACGGCGAUGUGAUUCUCACACGUCUCUGAAGGAAAGGAAUUGUAAAGAGGAUCAUGUGAUCAAUCCUGUAAAACAUCCUUUGGCCUAUGUGAAGAACAGUGACCUCAGCAGCGAUCGUGAAAACGUGGUCCAACUCAAACCUCAAAAUAUCAACAUUACACUCAGAGUUGGAGUUCCAUUUGAAUUCAAAGUUGAGUUUAGGAGGGCCGCACGUUACCCUAUAGAUCUGUACUACCUGAUGGACCUCAGCUAUUCCAUGAAAGAUGAUCUGGAGCAGAUUAAAACCCUGGGGCAGAAAAUUCUGAAAAAGCUGAAGGACAUCACAGACACGGUCCGAAUCGGUUUCGGGUCUUUUGUUGAUAAGGAGUUGUUGCCGUAUGUCAGUCAGCUGAAGGAAAGACGUCGAAAUCCCUGCCCCAAUCGCAUAGAUACCUGCCAACCGGCUUUCAGUUUUAAGAAUGUCCUGCCCCUGACUCACGAUGCCAAGGAGUUUGAACGAGAAGUUAGCAAACAAAAAAUCUCUGGCAACCUGGACGCUCCUGAAGCUGGUCUGGAUGCCAUCAUGCAGGCUGCUGUCUGUAAGGACAAGAUCAAAUGGGGUAAUGUGACAAGGAUUCUGGUUUACACAUCUGAUGAUACAUUCCACAUGGCAGGAGAUGGACGACUAGGUGGUGUCUUUCAGCCACAUAAUGGAGAGUGUCAUCUCAAUGAAAAUGGUUCCUAUAAUGGAAGAGCCUAUGAUUACCCGUCAGUGGGCCAUAUAUCUAGAGUUCUACAGGAUAACAAUAUUCAGCUCAUAUUUGCUGUGACUGAGGACAUCUAUCCAGCAUACAAGGCGCUGAGUGCAUUGAUUCCUCAGUCAGUGGUUGGUGUUUUAAAGAAUGACUCCAGUAAUGUUGUGGAUCUCAUCUCUGAAGCCUAUGGGAAUUUGUCAUCCACGCUGGUGUUAGAGCAAGAGGGGGCUCCAAAAGAAUUGGACGUGUCCUACAGGUCCAGCUGUAAGGGGAAUCAGGCAUAUAGUGAAUGGAAGGAGAAAGGAGAGUGUCAUGGCAUCAAGCAUGAGCAGAUUACUUUCAAUGUAAGUUUGAAUGCAACUGCAUGUCUGAAGAAGCCUCAGACGUUUCGGAUCAAAAUGCAAGGCAUCAAUGAGGAGGUGAAGAUCACGGUGCAUACGGAGUGUGAUUGUAACUGUGGUGUUCCAGAGAAGGCUUCCAAACACUGUAACGGCACAGGGACUCUCUCAUGCGGCGUGUGCAGAUGUGAUGAUGGGUAUGUGGGCCAGCACUGUGAGUGUGUGCAACAGAGUGAUUCAGACUCCAUCAUCAAAAUGAUGGCAUCCUGUCAGUCUGAUAAUUUGCUGUUUUGCAACGGACAUGGCACCUGCGAGUGUGGCAAGUGUGUGUGUCACGGUCAUUACAGUGGGAGAUUCUGUGAAUGUGAUGACAGCAGUUGUGAACGCCAUAAGGGUAUCCUCUGUAAUGGUAAAGGCAGAUGUAGUUGUGGGACAUGUCAGUGUACUGAUGACUACACAGGGUCUGCGUGCGAGUGCUCACCUAGCCAAGACAAGUGUAUGAAUGACAAAUGGCUUUGCAGCGGUCAAGGCAAAUGCACUUGCGACCGUUGUCAGUGUAACGAAGGUUUUAAGGGAGAGCACUGCUCUGAAUUCACUGAUGAGUGCAAGUGGUUGAAGGGCUGUGUGAAAUGUCAUGUAGAAGAUGGUAAUGUUUGCGCUCAAGAAUGUUUGAAUGCUACAGUAUCUCAUCUUGAUGGCACUCAUGAGCUGCACUGCAUAUACGAAGCGACCAUUUCAUAUGAUGUGAAACUUAAAGAUGGCAAAAUUGUGCUUCGAUAUGCAGACCUGCCUCGUUCUGUCGAUAAGACUAAACUUAUAAUUGGCAUCUCUGUGUCAAGCAUCAUUUUUAUUGGCAUUAUAAUAAUCAUUAUUUACCGUGGCCUGCUGGAGCUAUACGAUAUUAGAGAAUAUCAAAACUUUGUCAAAGCGCAGAAACAGACCGAAUGGAAAGAGGCCCAGAAUCCUCUGUUCAAAGGUGCCACAACAACGGUGUAUAACCCUUUGCAUGUCAAAGACGAAGAGGAAAAGGAGCAUUCUGAGUAGAUUUAAUUUAAAGAGAGAGUCAUUAAAACUAAUAUUGCAAUAAACAUUUAAAUACAAUAAUACAUGAUUGUUGUAAAUAUUGUGAUGCACUUUGUGCGUAUAUAUAUAUAUAUAUAUAUAUAUAUAUAUAUAUAUAUAUAUAUAUAUAUAUAUAUAUAUACAUACAUAUAUAUAUAUAUGAUGAACUCAAAACCUUCUUCGUUUAGAAUUAUUUGAUUUUUGUGAAUUUUAAAGCAGCUGUAUUAGUAACUAAAACCUCAGUUUUAGUGUUUACGCAGCACCUUUACAGCAUAUUUUAUUUUUUUAAGUAUUUUAUUUUUUUAGGUUGAUGUAUGACAUGAACAGCUUUAUUCCAAAAUGCAUAAUAAUUUUAUUGUUUUGCUUUUGCUUCAAUAAUAAAAGUGUCAUUCAAAAUUUCCAAAAAA